AUGUCGACGACCUCGCUGCCGUCGACUUUUCCAGCGCCAGCAUCAUUGUCGCCAAAUCCAAACCAUCCACCACUACCGCCGUUAAUCACGUCGCCUCCGGCACGGCGUUCCAACCUACAACGACCGCUUUCCCAUGCGUCGAAGAAUAGGCUCUCACUAUACUCCAUAACCUCGGAUCGGCCAUCAAGGUCACGGCCUCCAUCUCACAUAUUCCCAGCCUUCCAUUCAAGCCUGCCAUAUACGACAGUGCGCGACUUCGCUUAUGGAAUACAUCACCCGCUACAUUACGGACCGCUGCCCGAACCCUCGAACCCGCCCUCUGGAACCUCUACUCCCGCCAGCGAGUCAAAGCGCUUCUCGGAUCCGCCUACCUCUUGGGAUAGUCGAGGAAGCUGGGAGAUAGGACCCCAUGUUGGCACUGAACUAACCAAAGGCGGAGAGCUGCCACCUAUACACUUCGGAGAUGGUCCUCCAUGGAGCGAAGACGAAGAUCUCCAGAGCCCGAUAGUCAUCAGCUCUCGCCAUAAGAAACACAAGACAUCCAACCACUCGCAUGGAAGCGGUCGCGGGCGAGGAGGGAGCCGGGAAGAAGACGAGGAGCGCAAUCCCAACCUUCUAAGCCCAGGUAAUUGCGGCCAGGAUCGGAGCUUCUACGCAGGAAGCAAUGGCGACGGGAGCGAGAGAUAUUACGUGAGCAAUGGCUCCGAGGCCAACGGCCCUGGUGAAAUUGUAACGGUUCCUGCUGGUCAAACGUGGCCAGGCUCUCUUGCGGCAACUGAAAACACUGGAAGUAGGAGGGACUCUCACUUUGCUGGAAGCCUUCUGCCUAGCCGCACUUAUGCGGAUAAUAACGAGGGCGAGCAGAACCCGACCUACCAGUCUGACUCCGACGUGUCGAGCAGAUCUUCUUCUCCGAGCAGGGCGCGAGAUGAAUCCCGCUACUCCAGAGAUUAUCAAUUUACGAUUGCGUCGCCGGAUGAGGAGAUGCAUGGCAAGGCAGUUGCAUUGUUUGACUUUGAGCGUGAGAAUGAGAACGAGCUUCCUCUUGUUGAAGGUCAAAUCAUCUGGGUUUCCUACAGACACGGGCAGGGGUGGCUGGUGGCUGAAGACCCAAAGACUCGUGAAAGCGGCCUCGUUCCUGAGGAAUACGUCCGCCUGCUCCGCGAUAUUCAAGGUGGACUAAGCAGCCUCACAGGGCAGGUUGAUGGAAUGUUCAGCCCUAGCGGACCAGAUAGCGACACUCCCACCCAAGCAGAGCAUGGGCAGGGCUUCAGCCAGACGCCUACGGCUACCAAUGGAAACGGCAGUGCCGGGAAUGGCUACCAGCAACCAAUCGUCUCGACGUUCAGCACGUCGUCGAAGGAUCUCCAUCCAUACCCCCAGCACCUCCUUGGGACCACACAAGCGGGUAUGGCUCCGCCGCAGGUGGUCCAUUAUCAUGGCCAGCGUGGUGGGAGCCAGGCGAAUACGCCGACGUUGGCGAACUUGCUUGAGGGGGGGCUUGGAAGGAGGGACUCGAAACCUGCAAUGUCCACGACGACUAAGACAGCCAAGCCUAAAGAGAAGAAAUCUGGAGAGGAGCCGCAAGGGAGCCCUAUGGAUGAAGAUGCUUCGGAUGAUGAAUGA